CGUCAGAGGCCCCCCCGGGAGAUAACGAUAACAGUCAGGGCCAGUCAGUCACGAUUGCGCGGUACACGAUGCUGACCACCUUCGCCGGAACAUUGGCCAGCCCGGUCAGCGUCGGGCACAUCUUUCACUUCUCGGCCAAAUCGCUGGACGAUGCGGAACGCGUGGACAUUGACUUCCAGGCGGGGCGCUCGAUGGAUGCGGACGUACCGCUGCAUCUGUCGGUGCGCUUCGACGAGCAACGGGUCGUGGUCGGUUCGAAGCUCGGCGGUGGCCAGUGGGUGGAAGCGGAACGGCAGUCGGCCCCGAUCGAUGCCACCAGCCAGUCGGCCCUCCAGACGCUGAUGCCCGGGCAUGUGUUUACCGUGUACGUGCUGGUCGGUGACACCAGCUAUCACGUUGCGCUCGCCGACUGCCCGAUCGGUGUGUUCCGCAUCCGGGGUUCGCUGGCCGACAUCCGGGCGGUCGCGAUUACGAAGGACGUACACCAGAUCCUGGCCGUGGACCACCGGCAAUCGUUCCCGUUUCCCUUUCCGGCCAUCCAGAUGGCGGACGAGACGUGCUACUUCUCCAACGAUGUGCCGAAACCGUUCGUGCCCGGGCACGUGAUCAUCCUGACCGCCGUACCGUACGGUAAUCCGCGCGGUGGUUUCAUCAUCAAGUUCCACGAAAACGGCAGCCGGAAGCAGGCCCUUCACUUUAAUCCCCGUUUCGAUCCGCACUACGUCGUCGUCCGGAACUCGCAUGCCAGCGAGGCGCUCGAUUUCCGCCAGGAGGAGCGCACCGGGGGCUUCCCGUUCAUCAUCGACCAACAGUUUACGCUUGCGAUCGGGCUGGCCGAGCAGGAGUUCAAGUUCGCGAUCAACGGUAGCCAGUUCGAGACGUACGGGUACAAGGCGCACCGCCAGCUCGACACACUGAACGGGUUCCGGGUGCAGUGUACGAACGGGUUGCAGCUCGAGGUGACGGCCGUCGACCACUACCACUCCGGGUCGCCGGACUGUGCCGGUUACGAGGAGUACUCCAACCCGUACGCCGAUCUGCUCGCUUGAUUGCACGCACGCACGCACGCACGCACGCACGCACGCACGCAGCGCUUCCAAUCUUUUCUUCCUGUAAGCUUUGUUCCUGCUCCGUCACCGCCAAAAGGGGACUGGGAAAUGAAAUGGCAACCGUGAGGGUGCUUUUUUUUUUACUUCUCUUCAUUGCUGCAGAGAGAGAGAGGGAGAGAGAAGGCGCAUGCGCUUCCCGCGUUCGGCGUUCUGGUGGUUUGGUGCGGGACUGCGAAUGUCAUAAUGUGCAAAGACGACACCCCGGUCCGCAGGACGAUGUCCGCCGUGUCGCCAAUCAUUUGGAUCAGUUUCGAUAUGUUUGAACACAUUUAUUUACCCAACGCAAUACCUUCUUGUGUGCGCGUGCGAUUGUCUUUGGUUUUGUGGUAGUUUGCGGCUACUACCGAAAUGAUGAAGGAAAAUACAAUAGUAACUGGCUACUGGCUUCAAACAAUUCUACUAUAGAGCAUAUAAAUAGAAACGGAACAUCAAUCAGCGCUGCCUUUUUUUCCUACAGGGUGUGCCAUUUAAAUGUUGAAUAAUUUUGUCAUUUUUCUGUCGAUUUUAGAAAAUAAACCAGUUUGAAUUUGGGUUAUUCUAUGUCAUUUAUUGAUGA